CUGCGGGUGUGUAGCUCUGAUGUUUGCGUGAAGUAGGCCAGGACAGUGUAAACAUCUGGCCCCGUCCAGGGCUUGCUGCCUGUUGAGAGCCAUGACAGAUGGGAAGGGAGCGCAUGGCUCAAACACUUCCAUCUUUGAACGUAUCACAGUUGUCUUCCCAAAAUAGCCGUCUCCUCACCGCCUUAUAUGUGCAGGCCCUUCGGCGUGCGCCUGAGGGGGCAUCAUGUAUCUAGGCCACACAAUGCUGGCUGUGGGUUCAUUGUUGCUGCCUACCAGCAGGUUCUGUCUCUGCCCCCAGAGACGAGGCCUCUCUACAUGUAGCGGGACUUUUUAACCAUGCAACUUACUCAGCUCAACCGCGAGUGUCUCCUCCACCUUUUCUCCUUCCUGGACAAGGACAGCCGGAGAAGUUUGUCCCUCACCUGUCGUCAGCUGCGUGAAGUCUACCUUGACCCCUGCCUAUGGAACCUACUCCACUUCAGCUCCCCUUGUCAGCUUAGAUGGGACAACUAUGUGCUGGGACCGUCACUGCGUUACUUAACAAUAUGCUGGUACUCCAGCAGAGUCCAGCUGGUGUGCAACAUUGAGGACUGGUUGAAGAGCUCGUUCCAGAAGGACAUCUGCAGCAAACAUGACAGCCUGGUCAGCACUUUCCUGGCCCAUGUGUGCCACAUGUGUCCUAACCUUCUCACCCUGACGCUGUCCGGCUGCGCGCACAUCACCGACCAGGACGUGGUCUCUGUACUGCAGAGGUGCAAGAAACUGCGCAGCCUGCGACUGGAGAACUGCGUGCGCAUCACAGACCGAAGCCUGCGAGGCGUAGCAGAGCACGGGGACAACCUGGAGGAAGUAAGAGUGGAUUUCUGCAGGAACAUCACUAAGGCUGGGCUGCAGAGCUGUAAGGAGAUGAGGCCGGCCAUCCAGCUGAGCGCGGAGAGGAGUGCUGAUAUGAUUCCUGAUAGCAAACCUGAAGAGAAGGAGCCACUUAGCAAAGCUCUGCAGAAAUUCCUCCAGUACUCCUGAAGAAAGCUCCUAAUGAAUAAAACACCUCUGACGCGUUUAUAUGAGGACUUGACAGUGAUGAUCAUGCUCUUUUUUUGAUAAAUUAUUAUUUUGGUUUUAAAUUCUAAUAACAUUUUGUACAUUUUAUAUUCCCCCUUUUAGAUAUUUUGUUUCUUAUAAAGACCAAUGCAGUUUCUUCAAAGUCUUAUCUAGACGUGGCCUUAACUCUGAUUCUUAAACUCACAUUUUAAUACUGUAAUUAUUUCACUUUGAUGAUUGAGCAACUGGUUUGGAGUUUGCUUUUGUAAAUUGUACCAUCUCUACAUGAAGACUAUAAGGCCCCAGAUGGCUGCUAAGACAAAAAGCAGUUUAUUUUGUUCCUACACAAAUGAUUAAAAAAAACUCUCAAUGCCUUUCUGUUUCAGUGACACACAGAUUGUAUUUGUUUUUUUAUGUUCAAAGAAAUGUUAAAUUAAAGUUUUCCAUUUUAUGAG